GGUGAUUGCACAAAAAUACUCUGCGCGCCGCCCAUCGCUCAGUUGCCGCUUCCUCAAGCAACCUCAUACGAUUACAUCAAUCUGGAUUACACAUGUUCAAAUUGCGGCAACACUGACAUCAUACCGGAACAUUGUGUUGCUGCACGCCUAGUCUGUUUCACAUCGGCACAGAAACACACAAAAACGAACUCAUCGAACUGGCCCAUAUUGCAGACCAACAGGACCAACUUUCUGCGGGCGUAAAAACCAACGUCCAGGAACACGGCGUGUGCCCACAGGCGGUGCUGGCGAUCGACCGAUGCAGCCGACUUAUACAACUGAUGCUGGAAAUUGGCUGUGUAUGUCACCCGAUAGGAAAACACUGCUUUGUAAACCAGGUUCACUUAUGGAAGAACUGCAUACUAAAAUGAUUUCCGAGACGCUGGACCGAGACGCACGGGAAGCAGAAGACGUUAACGGCGUAGAUGAACGCACAGUCGAUAAAGACAAAUUGAAGAAGCGUCGUAAUCGAACCACGUUUACUAGCUUACAACUGAACGAGAUGGAACGCGUUUUUCAGAAAACUCACUAUCCAGACGUCUAUGCUCGUGAACAGUUGGCCAUGCGAACUGGUCUCACAGAGGCCAGAGUACAAGUCUGGUUCCAGAACCGCCGAGCAAAAUGGCGCAAACGAGAGAGGGUUGGUACUACAGUUCACCAGUCAUGUGUAGACCCCAUUGUCCCUAUUUUGACAGGAAAUUGUGCAAAUAUCUUCUCCAUUCACAAAACGAAUCCAAUGUUGGCAUCCAGCACGCCCCCCAGACACGGAGCUCACACCUACGGGGAUCCAUACAAUUAUGAAGAAACUCAUUUUUCGAGUGCAGAUAAACUGCAAGCUCCUGUGGAGCUAAAGAAAUGGAAUUAUCAAUGCUUACUUGCAGCCGCUAAAACUCCACAUGUCGCCAACCAUAGGUAUAAUGGAAUAAGUGGGCUAACCAAUCACAUGAAGCCCCAAUCACUUGAAUCUAUCACAACCACUCAGUUGAAAUUCAGAAACCCAGCUCCGUGGACAGGCAGUAAACUAUCAAUAAAUCAGGAGCCAUUACAACCCAAGGUGCACAGAGGCAACUAUCCAUGUACAACCCCAGAUCGGAUUUCUAGUCGUUUGCAGUCGUCAGAUGAUUGCGGAACUUGUGUGUCUCAUCCACAUUUUCGGCCAGACCGGUUGUCUAUUUUCCCAGAAGUUGUCACAUCUGAAUGGUACAACAAAAGGACGACUCCAUCCUGGGGAUCAGGUGCGCCGUUACAAGUUCCACCAAACCUUGAUAACUUUUCUGGUGAAUUCCCCCGUCCAUUGAUACGGACUACACAAUCCUCAACUGUUUAUGAUUCACACAACCCGAAAAUGUCCACAGUACACCUUCCAGCGAGGACUGCCAUCAAUUCUUGUCAGACCAUAGGAUCAAGUGAUCCAUUUACCCAAAAGAAUUCCCAGCCCAUUUCCAGUUCCGCUGCACCCUCCUUCUCAACAUCGACACUAACGAUGAUGACGAAGCCAGAUCAUGACUCCGUAGUAUCGUGGUGGAAUAAUGGCUUUCAACCAGCGCCAUACAUGAGUUUUCCCGUCUCAAUGGACACAGCGCACAAACUAGACAACCAGCCAAAUGUUCGGCGCGGGGAAAGCACAGCACUCGGAAUGUUCCCCAAUACAAGGCCAAUACUUCACACGGAACAGGAACGAAGAACACCAGCAAGUCACGAUUCUGUCCCUGCUGUCUGGGCUCCAUGUCCCUUGUGACGAAGCUGGAAUGGAAUUCACUUGCAAAACCUGGAACUAUUUGGCGUAAAUUCUCCCGUCGAUUGUCACCAAACGUGGAUAUUAUUGCUGUCCCGACUUUGUAUUGGAUUAGCAAGUAUGAAAAAUGUCCGGACAUUUGGAAUCCUGUCUUUGCUGCCACAUAUCACGACAUGACAAAUGAUGUUUGGCAGGUUUGUCAAGUGUAAUACCUUCUUGGAGUCCGACCUCACAGAAUGGACCGGUUUUCUUAUCCUUGUGGUUAGUUGAAUCUUUUUUCUCACCCCAAACAAAAAGUAUGGCGCAAAAAUGCUGAGGAAUAAAACCAGUUUCGUCUGAUUUGAG